AUGGGCAAGAAGAAAACAAAGGAAGUAAACCCCGAAGUUAAAGAGAAGAAGAAGAAUAAGAAGCCAAUUGAAGAGGUGGAGGAGGUCAAAAAGCCUCAAAGGGGUUUAGCUAUUGGUGAUAAUUUUGGUUGGACUGGAAAGUUGCCUGCUACCUUACUUCACGAACAUUGCCAAAAGCAAAAAUGGGGAAAGGUUAUCUUUGAUAUGAAGAAAACAUCUAAGGGUUUUAUAGGGAUUGCCAAUUUGUUCUGGGAAAAUCCUAAAACUAAGGAAGUUAUUCACAUCAAGAUGAUACCUGAUUCAGACACUUAUGAACCAAAGGAAACGACAAAUGAAGCCCGUCAUUAUGUGGCAACGUAUGCAUUGUUUAGGAUCAAUUAUGUAAAGAAUAUGAAAAUGAUAUUACCAAAGAUUUUUCGGGACUAUUGGUCCCUCUUGGAAACGAAACGCUUAGAAAUAUUGAAAUCUAGCAAGGAUAAGCAUGAUGCCAUAUACAACGCUAACCCUUUCACAGUGUUACUCGACCAAAGAGCAAAGUCUGAACAAAUUUUAAAAGAAAAAAAGCUAAAAGAGCAGAAUGAUUUAAAAGUUCGUAAGCCUACAGUAAAUAUUGCAUCUUCCAAUAAGCAACUGAGUACUCUACUGAAUUCAAAACCUGCAACAGAAAAACAAAAGAAUAUUAAACUUGGUGGCCCAUCAUUCCCGAAGAAAGUCUGGGCCAAUGCUCCAUUCAUUGACUUCCCUUCUGAGUUACGUGUUUCAAUUGAAAAUUCUAUUAAAAAUCAUAUUGAUUGGAUUGAAGAUGGUGCCUCACAAAAUAAUGAGGAAUAUUUGCAUAAUUUGGAAAGAUUAGGGUUUCGUAAAAGUCAUAUCAAAGAAUCAUUUCAAUACACUUCAAGUUUUAUUGAUUCGCUAGAAUGGCUUUUAUUUCAUAUACCCGAAGACGAUUUGCCACCAUUUUUUUCCAAAUCUGACCAAGAUUCUAACGUAUCUUUAAAGAUAUCUAAAAAUAUUCAAUUUGAAUAUUUGGUUAAUAGAAUAAGUCAAUCAGGUUUUGAUAAGGAUGAGAUUUUAACAACUCUUGAAGAGAAUCAGAAUGACGAAUUAAAGACUUGCAUACAAUUAACACACAGAAUAGUUGAAUACACGCCAGUGCAAGAAGAUUUUAGUGACUCACAAGAAUUGUGGGAACAAGAAAUCGAAGGAAUUCAAAUGGUUGAUUCAAAUAGGGUUCACUACCUUGAAAACUCUAACAAUAGGAUAGUUUCUAUAAGCUUGCGCCCAAAAAACCUUAAGCAAGAUGAUUUAUUAAGUCUAAAGUUAUACAAGAGUGAAAAUUAUCCGAAUGAUUUACCUGGUAUCCAAAUAAUUGUAAAUAAUAACUCCUUUAAAUUAGCGAAUUAUAUCAAGUUAUCUAUCUUAAGACAAUUGAUUCAUUAUAUCAUAAAAAAUGGAUUUUUAGGAGACUGUUAUAUAUUUGCAAUAGUUGAAUGGUUAGAAGAUAAUAUAUCGCAUAUUAUUGAUAAUCCAGGCCCUUUGAUUCAAGAAGCCUUAAAUCUCAGAAUGUCAAGAGAAAAAAGCCGAGCUAUAUCAUUGAAAAAAUCCUUUAAAACCAAGCGAGAAAUUAGAUUACUGCCUGAGGAUAUAGACAAUUUAAGAAAGGAAUAUCACUCGAAAUUAAAAUCUAAAGAAAUGUUGAACUCUUUAAAGAAAAGAAGCGAAUUGCCCGCUUGGAAGAAAAGAGAUGAGUUGGUAUCAGUGAUAAAUUCAAAUAAGGUUACCAUUGUGACUGGUGAAACUGGGUCGGGAAAGUCGACGCAAAUCGUUCAGUUUAUAUUAGAUUAUCUAAAUUCAACAGAUGAUUUUGAAAGUUCAAUCAUAUGUACACAACCAAGACGUAUUUCCACCAUUGGCUUAGCAGAAAGAAUUUCAGAAGAAAGAAGAGACGUAUUAGGUAACGAAACAGGAUAUAUUAUUAGAGGUGAAAAUAAGACGACUAAUCAAACAAGAAUAUCUUUUGUUACUACUGGUGUAUUAUUGAGGAUGCUCCAAUCCCUAUUGACCUCUUCAGAUAAAAAAGAAACCGGAAUUUUCGACAAAUUACAAUACAUUUUCAUUGAUGAGGUUCAUGAAAGAUCUGUUGAUAGUGACUUUCUUUUGGUUAUUUUGAAAAAAAUAAUGAAGAAAUUUCCAAAACUUAAGAUUAUUUUAAUGUCAGCCACAAUAAGUGUGGAUAAAUUCCGAAACUUUUUCAGCAUGGAUCUAAACCAUAUUCACAUUGAAGGAAGAACUUUUCCUAUUAAAGACUAUUAUUUGGAUUCGAUUUUGAGUGACUUAGACUAUACUAUAACUACAAAUGAUCAGAUUAUAAAGCCCAAGCCUGAUUCUCAUUUUUUUAAGCAGGGAAAUAUUAAUUAUGAUUUAAUAGCUAGUCUUUGCCUAAAAAUUGAUGAAGAGUUGACUGAAAAACUGAACAAGGGAUCAAUAUUGGUCUUUUUACCUGGUAUAAUGGAAAUUAAUAAAUGCAUUAGAAAUAUUGAUUCGACCUUUGAUGUGAAUGGAAAAAAGAAAUGGUGUUUACCUUUGCAUUCGGCCUUAUCUUCUAUAGAUCAGAAGAGAGUAUUCAAAAUUCCACCCAAAGAUACUAGAAAGAUUGUCGUUUCAACCAAUGUGGCAGAGACUUCUAUCACUAUUCCUGAUUGUGUUGUUGUUAUCGAUAGUGGAAGAUCAAAAACCCUAUACUUUGAUUCGAAGAUACAUACAACUAAAUUAAUUGAGAAUUGGUGUUCAAAAGCAGAAGUAAGUCAGAGAAGGGGAAGAUCAGGUCGUAUAACAAACGGUAAUUGUUAUCACUUGUAUACGAAAGAAACCGAAGAAGAAAUGCUUGAUCAGCCAAUUCCAGAAAUCAAGAGAACAAGAUUGGAAAACUUAUAUUUGGUUGUUAAGGCCAUGGGUAUUAAAAAAGUAGAAGAAUUUUUAAAUGGUGGUUUAGAUCCCCCAGAUCAACAUUCUUUAUCUAAAUCCAAGAAAAUUUUAACAGAAAUUGGGGCAUUACAGAAUGAUAAUUUAUCCCACCUAGGUAAAUACUUGUCAAUGUUACCUACUGAUCUACUUAGUGGUAAGCUAUUGAUAUUUGGCUGUAUUUUUGGGUGCUUAGAGACUUGUUUAACGUUGGCAGCUAUUCGAUCAACUGGUAGUCCAUUUUUGAAUAAUUUUGAAAACAGAGACAAAAUUAAACUAAUACAAAAUUCAUUUUCUAAAGGCCAAGGUGAUUUAAUCGGAAUGACUAAUGCUUUCAAGCAAUAUGAAGAUUUAAAAAGCGAAAGCAAAAAUGCAAAGAAAUUUCUUAGCGAAAAUUUCUUGUCAUAUUUAACUUUAAAGGAAAUAGCAUCAACAAGGACACAGUAUGUCUCUAUCUUGAAGGAUAUUGGAUUCGUUGCUAUAAGCUAUAAUUCAAGAAAUACAAACAACGAGAAUUACAAGUCGCUAAAUAGGAAUAAUGAGAAUUAUUCCAUUGUAAGAGCAAUUAUUACAUCAGCAUUCUAUCCUCAAAUCGCCAGGAUACAGCUUCCUGAUCCUAAGUAUGUACAAUCUUUGGUGGGUGCUAUUGAGAUUGACCCAGAUGCGAAACAAACGAAAUUCUGGAUUAGAAAUGAGAAUUACAUUGAGAAUAUUAUUAACGGGGUGGAAACAAACGACAUUUUACCAGCCACAAGGGCAUUUCUUCAUCCUUCAUCCGUCUUAUUCGAGACCAAUAAUUUGAAUGAUUCAAAUAUCCCUAGUAAUGAAGAUUUUGCCAAUGAAGAAGACAUCGACAAAGUUCGUCAAAUGUACAAGGAUCUUAAGCCUAAAGUUUCAGGUGUUAGCAAAGCUGCAAAAGCAACAUUUGUGGCUUAUGGUACUUCUCAUUACACGCAAAAGCUCUAUUUACGUGACAUAACCCCAACAAGUACCAUCGCUGCAUUGUUAUUUGGAGGUGAUAUUGCCUACGAUAUGACAAGCCAUGUCGCUACUGGAAAAUCAUCGCCAGGUAUUGUUUUAGAUAAUUGGAUGCCUAUUAGGACUUGGUGUAAAAAUGGUGUUCUUAUAAAGAGGCUUAGGAUAUUACUAGACUCAUUGAUAGAAGAUAAGCUUUCAAAUCCCCAUUAUUCUGGCGAUGAAGAUGAAUCUACUAACUCUAAUGAUGAAAUAUUGGCUGUGAUAGAAAGAAUCUUGAAUAUUUAA